CGCCGGCGCGGAUCUCGCGCUGUCCGGGGCCGGAAGUGGGGCUCGGGCGCUCAGCCCGGGUUGCCAUGGCGGUGUUUGGGCGGCCCCACUGGAAGCGUCUCGAGGCUUGCUGGGGUUGGUGGGGCGGCCGGGCCGCGGCCCCUCGACAGCGACAGCCGCCGUGGAGGCCGAAGAGCACGAACCCGUUCACCCAAGAGCAAGAGCAGGAGUGGCGGCGGCGGAACCGCACCGUGCUCACGUACGUGGCCGCGGCCGCCGUGGGCAUGAUCGGAGCCUCCUACGCCGCGGUUCCCCUCUAUCGUCUCUAUUGCCAGACCACAGGACUUGGUGGGUCAGCUGUAGCUGGUCAUGCUUCAGAACAGAUUGAGACUAUGGUACCUGUUAAGGAUCGAAUCAUUAAAGUCACUUUCAAUGCAGAUGUGCAUGCAAGUCUCCACUGGAAUUUUAGGCCUCAACAAACAGAAAUAUAUGUGGUACCAGGAGAGACUGCACUGGCAUUUUACAAAGCUAAGAAUCCUACUGACAAACCAGUAAUUGGAAUUUCUACAUAUAAUGUUGUGCCAUUUGAAGCUGGACAGUAUUUUAAUAAAAUACAGUGCUUCUGUUUUGAAGAACAAAGGCUUAAUCCUCAGGAAGAAGUAGACAUGCCGGUAUUUUUCUUCAUUGAUCCUGAAUUUGCUGAAGAUCCAAAAAUGGCAAAAGUUAAUUUGAUCACUCUCUCUUACACAUUUUUUGAAGCAAAAGAAGGACAUAAGUUGCCAGUCCCAGGUUAUAAUUGAAAUGAGAAAUAGUUUUCCUUUGCUCUUCCUUAAUUCUUUUGUCUUGGUUUGAUAAGUUUUUGAGAAAUCAUGUUAUCAGAUCUUUUUGAAAGAGAAAUAUUAAUGGGGAAAUUUUUUUUUUAUUUUAAACCAGAAUCACAUGUACUUGUAUAUUUUUCUCAUAAACUACUUUUUUUUUAUCCUUUAGUUUGUGUGAGAUCAUAAGAAUGGAGAUACUCCUGAAGAAAAAUCUAGGUGCAGAAUUCAACUUAAAACCAUAUUUGCAUAUUUGUAAAAAUAACAUGCAAAUUAUUCUCUUUAGGGGGCGGUGUAUCAAAAAAAGAAUGAUCUGCUCAAUUCUGUAAGCACGCGCAUAUGGGGUGAAUGCUGCUAAGAUCACAAAGUACCAGAGCUGCUUUUAGCUCUUAAAAGGGUGUGCUAGUAGAACAUUUCAUUUGUCUCUUCUGUUAAAGGUGAAGAUGCUGAAGCCCUGAGAGAUGAAAUUAUUUGCCUAAUAUUACACAGCUAGUUAGUGACUAGAGCCCAGGUCUCUCACUAGCCAAGUCUUUCCAUUAUGCCAUCAUGGCCAUCUUGGGAUGCACUUUGCUAUUUUGUUUUGUUUUGUUUUUCAUCUGUUUCUGAAAUCAGUGACCUUUUAAAUGGCAGGUACAUUAUUAUUCAAAUUGAAUCAAAAAGAAGGCUGGUCAAUCAGUUCCAAAAGUGCUAUUCCAUGAUAUUUUCCCCCAGAGUAGUGCUACAUAUGAGAAUUGAGAAAUAUUUUUCUACUUUUAUUUGGAUCCUUACUUCAGGCUUCAGGUCCAGUGGCCUGUGGUAACUUACAGGCUAAGCUACUAACCCUACAAAGUUUGUUAAAAGUAGUCACUGCACAGUCAGUAUGCAGAAGCAAAAGGGUUAGAGGCUAGUCUUGGGCAAAGAGCAAAUGUAGGAUUUGAAUUUUAAGCUCUUUAAAUUGUUUUUUCCCAUGAAAAUUCAAUUGCUAUUUUAUAUUUGCAAUACUUAUAUAUUUUAAUUUUGAGGUAAUUGGCAUGGAAAGAAUGCCCUUAUAAAUUAGAAAUGAAGUAUAUUAGUAUUUCUGCCAGAUUACAUUUAUAGUGAGGGUUCCAAACACUUGGAUACUAACAUCUCACUGUUAUGUAUGGUACUAUGUGCUUUUUCUUGGCAUCAAAAACUCUUUUGUGAAGAGACUAUGUUAACUUAUAUAUUAAAUUAUUUUUAAUAUUA